AUGCAUUUCAACAGUCUCGCUUUGGCCUCGUUGGCUUUCAUUCCUUCUCUGAUCGAAGCCCAUGGCGAUGUUCCCGGAGCUCCGAGGGUGUUUGGCAGAAGAUCUGCGCUUAGUGGAACCAUGAGAGCUCGUACUGGAGUAAGCAGCCACCAGUCAGCUGCCUCUGACAUUCACGACAAGCGUCAAGCUUCUUCCAAUACUGAAGGACAAUGUGGACCUGGGUUCGGUUCUUGCGCUGAUGGUUAUUGUUGUUCCGAAGCUGGCUGGUGUGGCAAAGGCACAGAUUACUGUUCUGCACCUGGAUGUCAAUUCAACUUCGCAUCUGGAUGCGACGACAACAAAAUCCCACCUGGCACUAGUACUUCUACUGUUGCGAGGCCCAAGCUCGGUAAUGUCUUGUAUGGUGGAGCUGGUAUCUACGAUUGCACAGUGGCUGGAACCAUUGCCAUUACUUACGAUGACGGCCCGUACAUCUAUACCGAGCAUAUCUUGGACGUAUUGAAGCAGUACAAUGCAAAGGCAACUUUCUUCAUCACUGGAAACAACAACGGAAAAGGAGAGAUCGACAAUGCCGCUCUUCCUUGGGCUGCGACUGUCAAGCGAGCAUACAACGAGGGACAUCAGAUUGCAUCCCAUACUUGGACUCACCCCCAUCUGUCUAACCUUACAAGUACCCAGAGAAAGCAGAACAUGUACAGCAAUGAGAUGGCACUGCGCAACAUCCUUGGUUUCUUCCCUACUUACAUGAGGCCACCUUACUCCGACUGCACUGCGGAGUCUGGGUGCCAACAGGAUAUGGCCGAUCUUGGCUAUCACGUUACCUACUUUGACGUUGAUACUGAUGACUACGACAACGACUCGCCCGCACUCAUCCAAAACGCGAAGAACAACUUCGACGCUGGGAUUGCUGGAGGAAAUCCGGCGACUGAUGACUACCUCGUCAUUGGACACGAUAUCCACAACCAGACUGCAAACGUCCUGACCGCCUACAUGCUCGACAGGAUUCUCGCUCUUGGUUACAAGCCUGUGACUAUUGGCGAGUGCCUCGGAGACCCGAAGGAGAACUGGUACCGCAGCUCUUCCGGAAACCUCUUUACGUCUUCUACGUCCGCUGUGACUUCUGCUACGAAGACAUCUGCAACUAUUGCUCCCACGGCUACUACGACCGAUGGACAGUGUGGUGGAGGUUCAGGAUUCAUGUGUACUGGCUCUGAGUUUGGAGACUGUUGCUCACAGGCUGGCUGGUGUGGCUCCGGAACUCUAUACUGUGGUGAAGGCUGCCAGGCUGGGUUCGGUCAAUGUGGUAUCAACGUUCCUCAGAGCAGCAGUACCACUUCGACUGCAGCACCAACUCAACCAACAAAGGUCUCGACGGAUGCUACCUGUGGAGGAACCAGUGGAAUGACCUGUCAAGGAUCUGUCUUUGGUAACUGCUGCUCGACAGCUGGGUGGUGUGGCAGUACUGCUGCAUACUGCGGUGAUGGCUGUCAAGCAGGCUUCGGUCUCUGUGGUGAUGCAAGUACAGCAGCAAAGGGUUCUGUUCAAGCUACCACGAAUGCUGCUGUGAAGUCGACAUUGGCUACAUCGGCCACCAGCAAGGCUGUCACUAGUAAGGCAGCUACCACCACCACCACAAGUGCUCGAGCAACGCAAACAACGACAGCUGCCAAAGCGACAGCUACCGGAUCAAGGCUUCAAACGUGGGUCAACAACUGGUUCAACAAACUGAGAUCUGGAUCUCACUAA